CCGGCCCCGGCCCCGGCUCGGGCACUGGCGCCGUCGAGGUCCGCGUCGAGCGCUCGCAGCGCCCGCCCGUGCACCACCCCAACUCGGCACGCCUCAGGGCGCGCCCCUACUACCGCCGAUGGACGCCCUGGCUCGUCCCGGCCGCCUCCAUCGCCUGCGUCGCCGUCUUCCUCGUCACCAUGUUCGUUAACGACUGCCCCAACCGCAGCGCCGGCAACUGCUCCGCGGGCUUCCUCGGCCGAUUCGCCUUCCAGCCGCUCAAGGAGAACCCGCUCCUCGGCCCAUCCUCCACCACAUUGCUGAAGAUGGGAGCUCUAGAUGUAUCUAAAGUUGUGCAAGGUCGCCAGGGAUGGCGUCUGAUUACGUGUAUCUGGCUCCAUGCCGGGGUUGUUCAUUUACUCAUCAACGUGCUUUGCCUUCUAUUUAUUGGUAUUCGACUUGAACAAGAAUUUGGGUUUGUGAGGAUUGGUCUUGUUUAUCUCAUUUCUGGUUUUGGUGGGAGCUUGAUGUCUGCUCUCUUCAUCCGAGCAAGUAUUUCCGUUGGUGCUUCUGGUGCUUUGUUUGGACUGAUUGGGUCGAUGCUUUCUGAACUCAUCACAAAUUGGUCACUCUAUGCAAAUAAGGUGGCAGCAUUACUAACCCUGGUACUUGUAAUCGUGGUGAACUUGGCCCUUGGGAUACUCCCCAGAGUAGAUAACUUUGCUCAUAUUGGGGGUCUUAUAUCUGGGUUCCUUCUUGGAUUUGUUGUCUUCAUUCGACCACAAUUUGCGUGGAUUAACCAGAGAAGAGUAGCACCUGGACCACAAGCUGCUCCUGCUGAACGCAAGCACAAGACGUAUCAAUAUAUAUUGUGGAUAGUUGCUGCUGUUCUGUUGAUUGUCGGGUUCACAGUGGCUAUAGUUCUGCUUUUCCGGGGAUAUAAUGCGAACGAUCACUGUUCUUGGUGCCAUUAUCUCAGUUGUGUUCCUACUAAAAAAUGGAAGUGCAACUCGUCACCGACAACAUGCACGGCAAUGCUACAGGGAAAUACCUUGAACUUGACAUGUGAAGGCAAAGGGAUAUACCGGAGCUACAUUGUGGCCGAAGCUACGCAAGAUAAGAUAGACCAGCUCUGCAACCAGCUUUGCAGUUAGGAGAACCGGAUUCCCUGAGCUCUCCCAGCUUCUAACAUGAUUUUUAUUCUUUCUGUACAUGAAGAGAAUACUAUUUUAAUAGAAGGUUACUUAUGGAGGGAAAUAUUCAGUGUUGCAUAGUAGGUUGCUUGUGAUUAAUCUUGAGAAGUGGUGAAGUGUUGCUCCGAUUCCCGGAUGGAUGGAAACUGAGAGGAAAAGGCCAAGAGGAUUAGACCUCUCCCAAUGCAUUGGUGCUAAAGUGGGGUGCUAAGUGCAUUAAAAUGCUUAGCAACUAAUGUCCCCAAUGCAUUGGUGCUUAGGUUUUGUAGCUAA